AUGGAUUCAAAACUGGCAAAGAAGCUCAAGAAGUAUCGUGAUGACAAAGAUACUCAGAUCAUGAUCAUCAUGAAAUCUGAAACGGAGUACAUCAUGGGACUCCUUAAGAGUGGGAAGACAGACGAGGCCAUGAAAGCUCGUUAUCGUUUGUUGUUCUGCGCUGAGGUUGAACGCCAAAAGCUUGCUGCUUAUGAUGCUACCACUCGUGAACAGUUGAUCGCGAGGUUCACUACCCUCUCUAAUGAUAUUGUUGAGCUCUCCAAGCUUAUCUAUGAGAAAUAUCCCGAAGAAGGCUUCCGAUCCGGCCUGGAAUACUCACCACUCCCAAUUAUGGAAAUACUUAAGCGCAAGACAAACUUGGAGAUCCAUAAUCGUACUAGCCAACUUUGGUUCAUCGACGGCCUCAAGAGAGAAGCUCUCAACGGUGACAGAGCUGCAAUGAAUCGCCUCAAGGCCAUCGAGCUACCAAAAGAGAGCUGGCAAACGUACUUGAGCGGUUAUAACUACCGCCCCCGACUCAAGAAGAAGGCUUCUACGGGUACAAAGUUAGAUGCCAUCCCCGAAACCUCGACUCCGAAAGAGCCAGCUAAUGAACCUGAAUGCCCUCGUUGUUUGACCUGCGAGCUCGAAGCUGCCCAAAAACCCCCAGUUUCGGCAACCCCAACCGCUUCUAAGCUAGAUGAGCAACCCAAGGAAACCUUGCUAGAGGUUCAAGCUGAAGCCCAAUCUGCCACCCUACCGAAGGACGGGAGUAUCAAACGCGAGGGGUCUUUUGGAAAGCGCACCGUCGCUAAUUUCCAGAGCCGCUGGCGCAAAAUCCAAACGAAGUUUGGUACUUCGGCUUCGGAUGGUGGUGAGCAAACAGCCGGCGAUGAAGGAAAAACCACCAAUAUUGCUUAG